CUCCCCAAGAUCUCCUAGAUUUCGGCGAAUGGCGUGAUCUAGAAGGACCCCAAAAACACGCCGGUGAUCCCACGCGCGAUAUUAAUCAGAGAUAAGAGACAUGCCGCGCCGGUGGUCGCGACCGACGGCGGGCAUUACCUUACCUACUCUACCGGCCGUUCUAGGUCGCUCAAUUGGUUGCACCCCGAGGAGCCAGAAUUCAGGGGGGCUUCGGCUAAAAUCAGGCAAGCUACUACCUACCUAGUACCUACGCUCGUACUUUUGCUCAGGGUACCUAGGUAGGUAGCGACCCUGAAGAUCUCCAACGCAACCCAAGAAAAAGUGUCUAGGCAGAUAUCAAACUUUUGAUCUGUAGGUAUAUUUCCCGGCCAGUUGGAUCUUCCGGCAGGGAUGCCACGCGUACGCGCGUUCAUUGUCUAGAUUGGUGUGCGGAGAUCUAUCUCAUCGGGACUCUAGAUGAGCAGAUGAGAUGAGAUCAGUGUGCGUAUAAGACGUGCUUCGUUGGCUCCUCGAAACUGCCAGCGUGUUCUUGGGCUCUCUACGACACGCAAUACUACCACGCUUUUUAUCAACAUCAUCAACAUGUUCGGCACCAAGUCAGCCAUCACUCUCGUUCUCCUCGCCGCCACGGCGGUCUGGUCAGCAGUAUCACCGGACGAAACCUGCGGCAACGACGGCGCCGGCGCAAAGAAGGGCUACACGUGUCCCAGCGCGAUAAAGUGCUGCUCGCCCAACGGCUACUGCGGCGCGACCGACGAGUACUGCCUGAAGACCGUGGGCUGCCAGAGCAAGUACUCGAACUCGACCUCCGCCUGCAUCGAUCCCGUCGAUAAGGUUUCCAUCUCUCCCGAUGGCACCUGUGGAGAAGAUGGUGUUGGUGAAUAUGGCUACCGGUGUCCCUCGGCCUUAUUCUACAACGGGCGUUUCUUCCAGUCCGGAGCAAAGGGCGAGGCCCACUCGUUUGCGGACUCGGUGCUUGUGGAUGGCACCGGUAAGAUUAUUCACGUGGGAAGUGCCAAUGAUGAACAAGUAAAGGAUACCGAGAUCGUCAAGCACGAUAUGCAUGGCCGUAUAGUCUUACCGGGUUUUAUUGAUGGACAUAUGCAUUUUCUGAUGCUGGGGAUGGCCCUCAAGAAGGCGGGUCUGGAAGCAUGCAAGAACCUGCAAGACAUCCGACGGACCAUCAAAGAAUUCGCAGUGGCGCACCCCAACGUAGCUAGAAUUAUGUGCAAAGGGUGGAUGCACUUCAUGACGGACGGGGAGGCGUUGGCAAGCAUGUUAGACGAUCUGGACCCUAGGCCCAUCUUUAUCGACUCCAAGGACUUGCACUCGACCUGGUGCAAUACCGCUGCACUGGAAGAGAUGGGCGUGCAGGACAUGCCUGACCCGGAAGGCGGAAAGAUAUUUCGCGAUGAAAAUGGCAAGCCGACGGGGCUCUUGUCUGAAGCAGCAGCGGUUAAUAUCGCUUGGCCACAUGUCGGGAAAGUCAUGCCGAUGGAGGAGAAAUUAGCAGCGUUGAAAGGGGCAGUGGAUGCUUACCAUGCAUCGGGCUACACAGGACUAGUAGAGAUGGCAAUGGACGAGAAUGCAUGGGAAGCUCUGCAAAUCCUUCGAGAAAAAGAAAAAUUGCCCAUCCGAAUUGCGGUUCAUUGGCUUGUAACUCCACGGAAAACUGAAGCAGAAAACCUCGCUCAGGUCGAUCGCGCAAUCGAGCUUAGCAGCCAAUUCAACGCCGAUACAAGUCCGAACUGUCGUGUCGUAGGCAUCAAAAUCAUCGGUGACGGGAUUAUUGAUGGCUGUACCGCCGGACUCUCUGAACCCUACUCUUCCAACGGGACUACGGGCGACCCGUUCUGGUCCCUGGCAGAGCUUGGUCCUGUAGUCAAGAAAGUUGAUACUGCAGGAUUGCAAUGCGCGAUACACGCAAUAGGCGAUAAAACCGUGAAAGUCGCGAUUGACGCGCUGGAGCAAAAUGCGACACCCGGCCGCAGACAUCGAAUCGAACACCUUGAGCUCACAAUGCCCGAAGACGCUGCGCGGUUAGGCAAAUUGGGCAUCACCGCAUCCAUACAGCCAGUGCAUGCCGACCCGGCAAUCCUCCGUGCCUGGCCGAAACUUCUUGGUUCCUCCCGCUGCAAGCGCGCAUUCGCAUACAAGGACUUUGCCGACGGGGGUGCCGUAUUAGCAUUGGGAUCCGACGCCCCCACGGCACCCCACGCGCCCCUGAAGAACAUCUACACGGCGACGACAAGGCGCUCGGCCAGGGAACCGGAGCUGACGGACCGGAUGAACCCGAACUUUGCCCUAGAACUGGCGGCAGCUAUCACGGCAGGCACGGAGGGGUCUGCGUAUAGUUGCUUCGCAGACCACUGGGCUGGUACGUUGGAAGUUGGGAAAGCGGCAGAUUUUGCUGUAGUAGACAUGGAGUGGGAUGCGGAUAAACUCCUAGAUGCUACAGUUGUACAAACUUGGUUCUCGGGAGAAAAAGUAUUCGAUGCUCAACAUUGA